ACUAUUAACUUCUUGACCUGAGCGCCGGCCACCUUGCCUCUCAGUGACCUCACACGCUCGCACAUACACCUGUCAUCCCGUCUGAUCACCACCCUGACAUCCUUCCCUUUCUCCGUUCCCCGUCACCAACUUCACCAAGCCUGCCUCCUCGUCGCAGCCUACAGAUUCCACGGUUACAAACAAGAGCAAUGGCUGGGAAUAUUCGCAAGGCAUUCUGGGUGGUGGCAGUGCUGUGGCUCAUCACUGCCAGGGACUGCUGCAUUACCUACGUCGGGCAAACAGUGCAAUCCUCCCUCGACUGGGUGAAAGGGGUGCAUCCUUCCGCGGAGGCAAGACGAGCAGGACCAGUAUGUUCGUGCACCCUCCUGACCGAGCCGUGUUCCCUGUACGUGCUGCAUGACUUGCAGGAGCCGUACUGCUCACUGUACACUCGCUAUUGCUGUGACCUGGACCUCCUCGCCGCCAUCCUGCCGGCCGCUAACCAGUCUCAACUGAACAACACUAACAGUCCUCCAGUGGCCCCGGCACGAAGCAGCAAGGCCCAACGUGCACUGGAGUCCUGUGGGUGCACGAAUUACCUGCUGCCGUGCCCCGUCCAUAUCUAUGAAAAUACACUCGUUCUCAGUGGAUGGUUCGAAUGCCAGUACUUCCACCGCUACUGCUGCGGCGUGGGGGUGUUGAGAGACGUGCUUCUGCCAUACGUCGCCAGUCCCGAGCACCAGCAGCAGGAAGGAACAGCGGCCGCAGGGAAGGAUGAGCAGCAAGGUCCACGAGGGGAGCCGCUAAGGGACGCAGCAGCUGAGGGGUUGUCAUGAUCACAGAAGUAUUAUUG